ACAAAUCUCUCUAGCAUUCUGCCGCUGCCCGCUAUUAAAUGAAGGCAUCUACUAUGUUGAUGUUAAUGUUUCUAAGGUCUGCAUCAUUACCCCGCAAUCCUUGCCAUAACAUAGACUCUGCCCGGCUCCAGACGGCACUCUUUCUCCAAACUACAGACAUUGGACGCGUCGGGGUAAUAUUACCAACGUCCCCUCUAACCACCACCGCCCUUACUCCCUCCGUGGGCCCUAAAACUGUUCUAUGGCGGAAGUGUUUUGCGCCAUCCAGAGGUCGGGAGCAAAACCGUCACACGCAGCUGACAGACGACAUCAUCCACCUCACUGAAGCCCUUUAGCGUCACCGCCUGCUGAUAAGCGCAUCAUCUGCAACUCUGUCAUUGACUGGCCCCUCCAUAACUCGUGAGCAACUGUUAUGCUGUGGUGAAAGUCUUGUCGCCUCCGCUCAAGCUGGAAUUAC